CCACUAUCCCCACUAUCUCCACCAUCUCCACCAUCCCCACCACUCCCACCAUCUCCACCAUCCCCACCACACCCACCAUCUCCACCAUCCCCAACUUCUUUAAAGAGAAAGAGAGAGAGAGGGAGAGAGAGAGAGAGAGAGAAAGAAAGAGAGAAAGAGAGAGAAAGCUCACCUGAGCUCGUCGCCGGAGCAACCGUGUGCCGUGAUCACGUUCAGCCUGCCACCACCGAUAAACGCCCUAGGCCAUCAUCGUGUUCCUCUCGUCGAGACGAAGCCGUAGACACCAACCACGUCUCAAACGGAGCCCGGACGAAGCCGCACGCGCCUCCCGAAGAUUCGCCUCGGCGCACGCGUGAACCACACGCGCCACCGCCGUCCGCCGGAGCCACCGCGAGUUCCGGCCACGCGCCGCCGUCUCCGACCAAAGUUCGCCGGAGCCGCCGUGACCGACCACCGUCCGUUCGCCGCCGGGAAGCUGCCGCCGCGUCGCCGCCUCGCCGCCGUCGCCGCCGUUGACUUUCCGAUUUGGAGUCCAUUUGAGCAGCUGGAGUUCAUAGAUACCACCUCUUAUUGUUGCUAAGAUGCCGCCAAGGAGAAGAACCACACGUGCCCAGACCGCCAGAGCCGUUAGAGACAAUGUGGAUGAGCAUGAGCAGCCCGCAGUUCCACCACCCGCGGCUCCACCAGUUGAUCAGGAUGCAUUGAGACAGAUGGUUCAGGAUGCCGCUAGACAGGCCGCUCAGGAGGCACUUCAGCAGAUUGCCCAGGAAGCAGCCAGGCAGGCCGCUCAGGAGGCCGCCCGAGUAGCUGCUCAGGAGGUUGCUCGUCAGAUGGCUGCCGUUCAGCAGGGACCGCAGAUUCAGGUUCAGCAAGUUCCACUGGUUCAUGUCCAACAAGAUCAGCAGAUUCCAGCUCAGCAUGAUCAUCAGGAUCCCGUUCAGCAGGUUCCCCUUCCACAGGUUCCUCUGCAGCAGGGUCCAGUUCAGCAGUUUGCUCAUGGUGUUCAGGAUCUACCGCCACCACCACCGCGACCUCAUGUUUACCCGGUUUAUAAUGAGAGGUUCUACAGGCUGACAUGUCAGAUGAGAAACAUGGAGAUGGAGCAUUUUAGCGGGACAGUGGAUGCUGUGGCUGCACACGAUUGGAAGUUAGCCUUGCAGCGGAAACUGGAGAUUAUUGAGUGUCCACCAGAGUUGUCGCUCCGAUUGACUAUGCAGUACCUUCGUGGAGAUGCUCUUAUAUGGUGGGAGGGAAUACGAUUGAGCCAUUUUGGGCCAGAGAGACUUACUUUCGCUGAUUUCAUUCGAGAGUUCGAUAGGAAAUACUUUCCGAAGGAAGCGAUGGAUAGGAAGAAGUGCGAGUUCGAGCAUGUAAGCCAGGGAGAGAUGUCUAUCAGGGAGUAUGAGGUUGUGUUCAACCAACUUCGCAGAUUUGCAGGAGUGGGCAUUUCAGAAGAAGACUUGAUUAGAAAGUUUUUGAGUGGGAUGCGAGUGGAGAUUCGUAACAGGUGUCGCGUAGUCACUCACCACCGGUUGGGAGAUUUGGUGGAGAAAGCUGCCGAGCAGGAGGCAGGCUUGGCGGAGGAGAAGGAACUCGCCAAAGCAGUUCAUGUUAAGUCUGGAAAAGCUCCAGAGUCUCAAAGGAGAGCAGGGGACCCGUCGGGAUUACCGAUAUGUCCUCGUUGCCAUCGCAGUCACAGUGGGCAGUGUAUGAGGUGUCUUACUUGCGGUAGGAUUGGACACAUUGCGAAGUUUUGUCGAGCUAGGCCAUUGGAUACGCCACCAGUCAGACAGAUUGCAGCACCAGCAGCACCAGCAGCGGCACAUGUUUGCUUUGGCUGUGGUCAGCCAGGUCACUUCAUCAGAGAUUGCCCAAGGAAGGGCAAUGCGGCACUUCCACCACCACCGAAGCGUCUAGCCAUCGCUCCACGGUGUUUUACGGUUGGAGAUUCCCAAGGAGUUGAACCGAUAGCGGUAUGUGACUUUUUCAUACUUGUUUGUGUUUGGGUAUUUUGGCUCGUGGUUGUCAUGUGUAGUUAG